AAACCCCCAGUAUUGAAAAGCUACUAUCAAAAGAUUGGAAAGACAAGCUCCUUGCUAUGGGAUCAGGGAACUUUGGAGAAAUAAAAGGGACUCCAGAGAGCCUAGCUGAGAAAGAGAGGCAGCUUAUGGGCAUGAUCAAUCAGCUGACCAGUUUGCGGGAGCAGCUGCUUGCAGCUCACGACGAGCAGAAGAAAUUGGCGGCCUCGCAAAUUGAGAAGCAACGCCAGCAAAUGGAGCUGGCCAAGCAGCAACAAGAACAGAUUGCAAGACAGCAGCAGCAACUUCUGCAGCAACAACACAAAAUCAACCUGCUUCAACAACAGAUCCAGGUUCAAGGUCAGCUUCCACCAUUAAUGAUACCCGUAUUCCCUCCAGACCAGCGAACUCUAGCAGCAGCAGCCCAGCAAGGAUUCCUCCUUCCACCUGGUUUCAGCUACAAGGCAGGCUGCAGUGACCCUUAUCCCGUUCAGCUGAUCCCAACAACAAUGGCAGCGGCUGCCGCAGCAACCCCAGGUUUAGGCCCACUGCAACUGCAGCAAUUAUACGCGGCCCAACUUGCAGCCAUGCAAGUAUCUCCUGGUGGCAAAAUAUCCGGCAUUCCCCAAAGCAACGUUGGUGCAGCAGUAUCACCUACAAAUAUUCACACUGACAAGAUCGCAACCAGCCCACCACCCAAAAGCAAGGAUGAUGUGGCCCAGCCGUUGAAUCUCUCAGCAAAGCCCAAGACAAAUGACAGCAAGUCUCCCUCAUCACCCACUUCUCCUCACAUGCCACCACUGAGAAUAAACAGUGGGUGCAGCUCGCUGAAAUCUUCGGUGCCAGCAACGUUAGCUAGUCCAUCAGCCAGAGUCAACACAAUAGAUAUCCUUUCCUCCAUCACAUCAUCAGGUUACUUAAAUGAUCACGAUGCUGUUACCAAGGCGAUCCAGGAGGCCCGGCAGAUGAAAGAACAGCUACGGCGAGAACAACAGGUGCUGGAUGGAAAGGUGGCUGUUGCAAACAAUCUGGGUUUAAACAACUGCAGGACAGAUAAGGACAAAACAACACUGGAGAACCUGACUCAACAGUUGGCAGUCAAGCAGAAUGAAGACGGGAAAUUUAGCCACGCGAUGAUAGAUUUCAACAUGAGCGGAGACUCUGAUGGAAGCGCAGGGGUCUCAGAAUCUCGGAUUUACCGAGAGUCCAGAGGGCGUGGGAGCAACGAGCCUCAUAUCAAGCGUCCAAUGAAUGCCUUCAUGGUGUGGGCAAAAGACGAACGACGGAAGAUCCUACAGGCUUUCCCUGAUAUGCACAACUCCAACAUCAGCAAAAUAUUGGGGUCUCGUUGGAAAGCUAUGACAAACCUUGAAAAACAGCCAUACUAUGAGGAGCAGGCUCGUCUCAGCAAGCAGCACCUGGAGAAGUACCCAGACUACAAGUACAAGCCCAGGCCAAAGCGGACAUGCUUAGUAGAUGGCAAGAAGUUACGGAUUGGUGAAUAUAAGGCAAUCAUGCGGAAUCGGCGUCAAGAGAUGAGGCAGUAUUUCAAUGUGGGACAGCAAGCACAGAUUCCUAUUGCGACAGCUGGUGUCGUCUACCCGGGAGCAAUUGCCAUGACAGGAAUGCCCUCCCCACAUCUUCCCUCAGAGCAUUCAAGUGUAUCUAGUAGCCCAGAGCCUGGGAUGCCCGUUAUCCAGAGCACUUAUGGUAUCAAAAGUGAGGAGACUUCCCAUGUCAAAGAGGAGAUCCAGGCCGAGGACAUCAAUGGUGAAAUGUACGAAGAUGAUGAGGAUGAAGACGAUGACCCCGACGUGGACUACGGCAGUGAUAGUGAAAACCACAUUGCAGGACAAGCCAACUGAUAAGGGGUUCCCAUUCUUGGUUUUGACCUUGGAGGACUUUAGCGGAGAGCCCCGUCUGGUUUCUUACCCAGUGGCCAAGCACAUGAACUUAAUCCUCAUACACUGACUGUUACUUAAAACUCUUUAGUCUUAACUAGUUGGGACAUCAGCUGAUCACGAGAUAUCAGCCUGCAUUGAAAACUUUGGAAAAGCAAGGAAGAAAUUCUAAAAAAAAAGACAAAGGCUCAGAGGAAGAAACCCUAUCAAGGAAGUCAAUGAUGACAAAGAAAAAAAGGACAAAAAUAAGCUAUGGGUAACAUAAUGCCAGUAAUUCAGCUGCUAUACCCAAGCACUGAAGUCUUACCCGUUCGACCUUUUAUUAUUUUUUUUUCAAAUAAACUUUAUGGCUAUUUGUUCUAUAAUGUUCUAGAAAAUUCUCACUCAGGUACACAGUGCCAACAAGUGGCUUGUGAAUGUGUUCUGUUGUUUUGUGUACAAUUUAAAGAAAAAUUAAGAUUUUGGGGUGGGGUUGGGAGAGAUAAUGCAUCUGAUGAAGGGGGGGAAGAAAUGAUACAAUUCUUUUAAUUCCUUCCCCCCUCCUCUAUUUUUCCACCACCUUUUCUUCCCCACCUUUCCAGAAUGAGACUUGAAAGCAUGUUAUGCAUCUGGCUGGAAUGCGGGGACCAAGCCAGGUUGGAUGAGUCAUGGUUGCUUAGCAGCAGGGAAGAGAUCCUAAGGAUCCUAAGGAUGUAGGAGAAUCAAGAUGCUGGAGAUUGAAUAUUUAGGAUCUGCUCAGAACCUUUGGUGUCUUAUACCAGUGCCAAUGGGAUACUGUGCAGGAUGCAAUAAACUUUUGCAUUACUUAUAUCAUUUACAGCCCAGACCUUUGAUCUUAUGAACACACCUUAUGCCAGGUCAGGCCACUCAUCCUUUUAGAACAGGAAUGGGCCCUCAAUCUACCUUCAAAGCUCCUGAAAUCAGUGACCUGACCCUUCCCUAGAGCUCUCUCCAUGAGAAGACAAGAAGGUAUCAGAAAAAGUGAAUAGUGCCCACUUUGAGCCCUGACCCCACCUGUUGCCAGCUGUGUGGCCCUAGCUGAUUACUCCUGAGGAAAUGUAGCUCUUGACAGAAUAAAGGUUGCCCAGUCCUCAUCUGGACCUGUGCAUCUUGGUCUAGCAGACAGUGGGUUCUCAACCCCUCCAAAAUUCUGAAUGACAGCCCUUUUGCAAAUAAAGUUUAUGGUCCAGCACUCAGUUAUGGUCUUUUCAAAGAGAAAGACAUAAAUUAACCAUCCAAAAUCCAAUCCGUUGACUAUAUAUCUGUCCUUUCUUAUUGUUCUAUCCAAAUCUUUAGAAGAAUCCUUUCAGUCAUCAGGUCUCAGAUCAGGAUCUCCUAGGAAGAUUCCCAUGGCCUCUUCCCACUUUCAUCUCUGCUCAGCCCUGAUGAGCAUUAACUGAGCAAAUUCUGCUAUAUGGGCUGCAGUUAGACAUGAUCUAUAUCUCUGUUGUAGCCACCCCAAACAACCAACCAAACAACCAGCCUUCCUUUCUAGGCAAGUACUACUUUCACCCUUCCACCAAUUGCACACCAGACCAAGUGCCAAAUCUGUACUAAUGUGAGAAAUGAUUUCCAUUUCAUGUUUUCUUUUCUCAUUGGUUGUCUUGAUUUUCUUUCUUUCAUAUUGUCUUCAGUCUUAAAUUAGGGCAAUAUUGUGUCUUAGACAAUCCCUUGAAGAAGUCCAUUGCCAGCAGCUGAUAAGGUUAGUUAUUGUUCCUUUUUUUUUAAUGAACUGUAAUGGAAACUGUAGGAGCCAUUCUCAGGUGAAUCAAUGAAGAUAUAUUUGGAUUUGUGUAUGUGUGGGUGUAUGUGCAUGUAUUGUGUGUCAAUGGUACUAAUAAGGAAAAAAAAUAGACAAUUGUGAGAUGGAAAAUGAAUAACUGGAUUGUAUUCACAAAAUGUUUGAGUCUGUAUGCCAUCAUAACUUACCCCACAAGUAGCUAGGUAUAGAAACAUAGAUUUUUACAGAGGAAAAAAGAGGAAGAACCGGCUUCCUAAUAAGGUCACUGGAAUGAAAAGAAAAGGAUUGGCCAAAGCCUUCUGUCCACAUUUUCAGACCCACAGUUACAUCUUUUAUAUGAUGGGAGCUGAGUCUACAUCUUACUGUCACACCAAUAACAUGUUGUGUCAUUCGUGGAGAAUCACAUGGAGCAUGUGAGUGAUUCACCCAAUGUGUCUGACUUCUUCUUGCUUUACACAUGUUGCUAUGAGUGCAGAAGCUGAAGCUUUAGACUUGUUUCCCAUGGCAUGAAGUAGGGCUUUGAAUAGAAGUGCUAGGAGAUACCCCCAUGUCACUGAGAACUGUUUUUGGGGUUUCAGGGAAGUUCUACUAGCCAGAAUAAUUUGAUUCACAAACCAACCAAGUCUAAGCAUUUGCAUUUCAGACACUGAUUCCUCUGUUGAGGUGUACCUCCUGCUCAAAGGCCCUACUAACUGCCCCUAAUACUACCUCAUUCAUUCCAAUGUUAGAGGAGAUUUGGUGUGCAUAAUCCUAAUUUUGGGGGUACAUUGGAAUGAAUGAAACACAAUCUGCUACCAGAGUCUGUUGCAUGUUCCCUGGACUUGUGUAAGGCUCUCUGUUGGGAUGAAGAUGGAAAGAACUUUGAAAUAAGUGGGUUUAGUGUCCCCUUAUUCUCUCCCCUCCCCCCAAGAUUAGUGUGUGAGUCAAAAUAAAAUCAACUAAAUGGAAAGACAUUGGUCUCAGCAGGUCCACCUGCACUGUAGCAGUUUGAUGGCCAGCCAUGCCCAAUCUUAUCAACAAAACUGCUGAUAGAAAUAGAGAAGAUAGGAGUGGCAGAACUGUCUUUCCUUCCUUCAGACCAUUCUAAUUGGUUUAUUGCAAGUAUAACUCUGCAUGUAUACUGAUGAUGGGAAAACGUAGCGUUCCAAAGAAGGUUUUUGAGAAUCCCAACCUUCAUUUGUUUUUAAAAAGUAGGAGAUGGAACAAGCCUCCUGCCUUUCUAGUUGGAAAGCUAUGUUUGCAUACGUACAUGCAAUCAAUGCCCAGUGGAUCUCAGAGGUUGAGGACAGCUGCAGAGUAAUAUUAAAAGUAGUCAUUGAUGGGGGGGGGGGGGUUGCACAGGGCAGGCUGAACCUACCAUCCUAAACCCAUUUCGUAAAGGAGUAACAGUGACUUAUUUCUGAAUAAACAUCAAUAGAAUUAAUGAUAGGUAAGUGGGAAAUUAGAAAAUAAGUUUGCUAUGCACUGUGCAUAAGAACUGCAGAAUUUAGGUUUAGGUCAUACGGGUUGCCCAGUCUUUUCUGGACAGGGGAAAAUGCUGGCAUCCUAUCGAUGUAGGCCAUCACAGAUUUUCUCAAGCUAUGGUGAGAUUCCACCCCCACUUUGGCCCCAUAUUGGCACACUUCUAGUGCUUCCUUCAGCAAAAUGUUUCCUGUUUCUCUCUUUCAAACAACUUGUUCCGGGAUUCUAUUCAGAAAAGUGCAUCACAAUUGUGAUGUCUUCUUUUGUCUUGUUAUGGUUGUAUUUCAUGAUUGUGCACAUUUUUUUUCAGCUGAACUGCUUCUUCAUAUUAAUGUUGUAAAGAUGCAUAUAAUAAUAUGCAAACAAUAUGGCCAGCAGUUCCAGCUAGUAAAUUAUGCAUAAUUUAUUUCUGUUUUUCUACAUUAUUUUUGAUUUGGCAGUUACCAUAAAGAAUAAGUACAGCUGUUAAAAGUAUUUUAAAAACAAAUAUAUCCCUUCCUCCUUUUGAUAUAUACUUAAUAAACAGCUGGAAUUUCACCAUGGCCCAUUCAUCACUUUAGAGAAAUUAAAAUAAUGCUGGGCCAUCAAGUCCAGAAUGAAUUAUAAGAGACUUGAAAUUGAUCGUAACUUUCCUCUGAUCACUUGGAUUAUUAAACA